AUGGUGUUCAUCGGUCCGAAGCAACUCAGGGAGGCGUAUGAGCGCAGAAUUGUCGACGCCCAGUAUGAUCUGGAUCAGGCGCGAGCCAUGCUCGCUGGAUUCACGAAAACUAUGACAGAGACGCUCCCCGGGAAGAUCCAGAAAGCAGAGCAGAACAUUGCGAAAGCUCGCAAAGUCUACAAAACUUUGCAAGGUGAUGCACGCAACAAUCAGCAGGUCAAAAUCGACAAGCUCAACAGGACUCUUGACAACAUGAAAAAUGAACGAGAUUCCACACUUCCUGGUUUGAUCAACACGGAGACGAAGGCAGUCGCGAGCUUGGAGAGCAAGAUCAGCAUGAUUGAGAAGCUGGAGGCUGAACGCCUGAAGAAGGAUGCAGCAUCCGAAGCAGAAACCGAGUCAUCCGGUCCGUCUGCACAAGCUCCCGAGCAGAGUGAUGGCAAGAUAGCAGCUGGUCGAGCCGGAACGAAGCGUAAAGCCAAUGCGGGAGAUGGAGAAGAGGCGAAGCCUCCGGUGAAGCAAGCCCGGCGUGCGAGUCCCAGCGAUGGCAAAAAGCGCAAGGCAAACGAUGCCCCUGCGGAGAAGCUAGUCCGUCAAUCGAAGAGGCAGAAAGGGGACGCGGCUCCGUCCGCCGACCAAGCUGGCGAUGAGAGCGACAAAGAAGAUGCUCCCGCCCCCCCAACCCAGAAGGGCAAGCGCUCCAGGAAUAAGACUGUCGUGCCCGAUUCAAGCGACUCUGGUGGGAAGAAAACACCAUCAGGCAAGACCUCCGAGCACCAGGAGACCGCGCCCAGUCCAGCUGGUGGCGCAAAGAAGGCGGCGGGAAAGGCCACGGCGAAGGCCACGGCGAAGGCGGCGGGGAAACCAGCAGAGAAGCCGGCAGCAAAGGCGGCGGGAAAGGCCGUAGGUAAAGCUGCAGGGAAAGCUGACGCCAAAGCUGAUGCGAAGGCUGAGGCGGCGGGAAAAGUCGCUGAGAGCAAGUCGAAUCCGAAAGGCAAGAAAAAGACAAGCGGCAAGAAAUUGAACGAUGGCGAUAAAGAGGACGGCGACGAUGACAGCGAGGAGAACGAGGAAGAAGAUGAUGGCAACGGCAGCAAGAAUGGUGGCUUCAGAAACUCCUGUUUUUCCUCGGUCGUCAUACAGCUGCUGGACUACGCUCUCGAAGUCAACCUGGACUCCCUGGUUGGGAAUUUGGAUGCAAAUUUUGAGACGUUUGGUCUCUCCGAGGCAGAGAGCAAAAAGUUCGACAUAACCAGUGACAAGUCCUACGACGGCAUCAAAGGCAAGUACAAGAAGUUGCCCGAGCAGAGGCGCGAGGCUGUCAGAACGGCAAUCAAGGAGGCCCGAGACGCGGAAGAGGUGGACAAGAUCAGCCUUCCAAAGCAUUUCCUCAAGAUGAUCGCCGAUCUACGCGCACAAGACAAACGCCCAGAUCAGAGGUUCAUAUCGGCCUUCCUCUUCCAACAGGUCAUGGCUUUCGGCAGGAAGGAAGAUGUCGGCCGCCGGGCUCAGACACUGUCAGUUCGUGAGGACAUGAAUGGCGACACGCAGCAGGAUGCCAUGGAGUACCUGGUGGAUGUUCUGAACGCACUCCUCGAACACGGCCACACCGGUAGCAAAGCUAGACUCAGGAAGCAUUUCGAGAUCCACAGCAAGACAGUCGAUAGCUGUACCGACGAGAACUGCGGCUUCCGCAGUGGUCCGUUCACAGCGAAGGAUAACCAUCUCAUCGUCAAGGUUCCAGCCAAGCCGCCGAAGGGGAAGAACAUACGGAUGGCAACACUGUUUAAGGAAGCCAAACACAGCCCGAAGGACCUUCGCUGUCCGGACUGCAAGGAACGCACCCUGGUCGCACACACAGAGUAUACGCAGUUGCCAGAGAUCAUCUUCUGCAAGGUCAACAGGACGACCUACCACUCAACCACAGGAGAGAAGGGUAAGACCAGAACUCCUGUCGACCUUGAUCCUUACGGCAUCAAACUCGAGGGGCAGAACUUCCAUCUAAUCGCAGUUGUGCAUCACGAUGGCAACACUCCAGAAUCUGGGCACUAUACAGUCUUCAGAGAGCACUAUGGCCGCUGGUACUUACUGGACGACAAGACUGUCACCGAAGUAAAGGAAGCGGAUGUGAAGGAUCACGCAAGGAAAGGCCAAAGCGCCAUCCUCAUGUUUGAGAAGGCACCGGAGGGAGUCUCCCCAUCACCACCCGCCAAAAAGUGA